AUAUGUUAUAUCAUCAUAUUACACUAAUUCUACAAAUUAAAAUUCAAAAUCCGACACCUUAAGACUAGUUUUUGAGUUGGGUGCAUUGAACGCACUCAUUUUUGUGGGUGCACCGAAGUAGUCACCAUAUAUAUAUAUAUAUAUAUAUAUAUAUAUAUAUAUAUAUAUAUAUGGGUCAGACUGGCGUACGUCAGACGUAUACUAUAUGUCAGGUACUACUAGUGAGAUAUCUCUAUCUAGACCAUGAAUUAAAUCGAGUUUGGGGUAUGAUACUAUACCCUAACCUCUAAUGGAUAAACCCCAGGCACCCAUUUUCUAAACCCUAACCCAAAGUUUGAUUAAAUGAAAAACAAAAAUUGACCGUUGAGAUCGGCCGGAGCUUAUCUAACUACAUCUAACGGCUAGAUCACCUGACGUAUACUAUACGCCUGACGUACACCAGUAUUCACCAUAUAUAUAUAUAUAUAUAUAUGGUGGCUACUUCGGUGCACUCACUUUUUUGGGUGCACUCAGUGCACCCAACUCUAAAAGCGUCCAUAAUACAUCGAUUUUGAACUUUAAUUAGUACUCUCAAUAUAAUAUGAUGAUAUGACAUAGAAUCAUAACAAAUCAAUCCAUUACCCUAUCCCCUUAACCUUCAAUUUUGAAUCCCAACCCAAAAUCCCAAAUUGUAAACCUAAACCCUAACCCUAAAUCCCUAAUCCUAAAUCCUUCGAAUUAAAGUGAAUUUGGAAUGAAUUUUUUUCAAAUUUAUGUGCUUCUUGUUCAUAAUAUCAUAAGCUACAAUUGAUACCGUUUUGAUAUGAAUCGCAUGCUCAGAAUGAUAAUUAUGAGGCGGGUGCACUGAGUGCACCCGAAAAAGUGGGUGCACCGAAUACGCUACCAUAUAUAUAUAUAUAUAUAUAUACGUUGCUUUGCUUGAAGUACAAGCUGGGGCAAGAAUGGGCCAGAGAUCGAUCGAUGGAAGUGGAACCCUUUUUUGUGGAAACUUAUAAUUAGCUUUAACGAAAAAAUGAAUCCACACCAUACAUAUAAACUUCCACAAAACAGGAAAAGUCAUAUGACAUGAUCACCUCAUUUGACUUUAAGUCUGUUGGACAGUACUGGUUGAAGCUUAGUUAUGGUGUCUGUUAUGUACUGAUCUCCAUGGUUCCUAGCUAUAUAUUCUCCUCCCCCAGCAGCUCACUGUGAUUAAGCAAAACAUAUAAUUACCCAGAGCGCAAUUCAUAGAGAGCUGAGAGCACAUAUUGAACUCCAUCCAUGUCAAAACUAGCAGCAGCAGCAGCAGCAGCAGCAGCAGCUGUUUCCCUCUUACUAGCGCUGCAACUAUGCUGCGAUGCGUCCAUCUCUUCAGAACACUGUCGUCCUGACGAGAGCAUUGCCCUGCUGCAGUUCAAGAACUCCUUCGUCGGAGGAGUUCUCAACGACGACAGAAUGGCAACGUGGAAGGAAGGAUCGGACUGUUGCUUGUGGGAAGGUGUUACUUGCGACCACUUCACUAGUCAUGUCGUCGGCCUCCACCUCGACUGCCCUUUUAACGGUGUGGACUACACCCCUUGUCGAUGGCUUCGAGAGACGACGACGGCUCUGCAUUCAGACAGCUCUCUUUUCCACUUGCGGCACCUCCGGAGCCUCGACCUGUCCCGCAAUGGCUUCCAAGGCUCCACAAUCCCAUCAAACUUCACCCAGUUGACCAACCUGGCUCACCUCAACCUCUCCAGAUCAGGGUUUUCGGGUCACAUUCCACUCGGGUUCAGCCAUCUCAACAAACUUGCCUCACUUGAUCUUUCCUUUAAUGGACCAAAUGGUGGUGAUCAAGAAAAAGCACUCUCCUUUGCAGACAACCACGAUUUCUCCAACCUGCUGCUCAACGCCACGGGAUUAAGCAAGCUUGUCCUUCAGUAUAUGGACAUGUCAAACAUCAAACCUUCCUCCUUCUCCAACUUAUCGCGCUCCUUGACAUAUAUCGACCUUUCCGAUUGCGGAUUAGCAGGAACUUUCCCAGAGAGCGUCUUCCGCUCGCCAAACCUGCGAGUGUUUGUUCUCCAAUACAACCCACUGCUCUCUGUCCAAUUUCCAUCAUCAAAUUGGACUGCUGGCCGCCUCAAGGUAUUAUCCCUCUCUUCUGUCAAUGUGUCCCGGCAACUGACGAUCCCUGCUUCAAUCGGGAAUUUGAAGUCCUUGGAUACUCUGCUCCUUGAGAACUGCUCAUUGUUGGGAUCAAUCCCAGCUUCCAUGGGGAACCUCACAUCAUUGACUUACUUAGACCUUCGAGACAAUGCAUUAUCUGCAAAAUUACCUGAUGUUCUCUCCAACCUGGUUCAGCUACAACACUUGUCUUUACGCUGCAACAAAAUUUCUGGCUGGUUUCCCGACGUUUUUGGCAACCUUUCUCAAGAACUCACAAUCCUAGACGUUUCCAGUAACAAUUUCACAGGCCCUAUUCCAUCUCUCAUCUUCAACCUUCCACAACUUCAGUAUUUGCAUCUCUCUCACAACUUUUUGACCUCCAUGGCUAUCCUGCCACCUUCACACAUGGAGAAGCUCGAGUUUCUUGAUCUAAGCUACAACAUGAUUGAAGGCCCACUUUCUAUUCCAUGGAGUCCAAGCCUUUCGUAUUUGUCAGUGGCCAAUAAUAAGUUUGCAGGGAGGGUUCCAUACCACAUGAUCUGCAACCUCACAAUCCUUAGCAUCAUCAACUUGUCUAACAACAACUUGAGUGGCGAAAUUCCACCGUGCUUGACCAACCUUAUCCAACUGUCAACCCUGCAGUUGAGGAUGAACAACCUCCACGGUUCAUUUCCGUCGGUGUUUGGCAAUAUGAGCUCCUUGGAAAAUCUGGACUUAAAUGGCAACGCACUGGGAGGUUCAUUGUCACAAAGCUUAACAGCGUGCAAGAUGCUUGAAGUAUUGGAUGUUGGGAAUAACGAAAUCAGUGGUGUUUUCCCACAUUGGUUGUCAUCUCUUCCUGUACUGAAAGUUCUCGUCUUGCACUCCAACAGCUUCCAUGGUCCUAUCACGACCGAAUAUAUGGAACCCGUGUACGGCUUCCCCAUGCUGCGGAUAUUGGACAUUUCCCACAACUACUUUGAUGGUCUUCUUCCUGCAACAUUGUUUCACAAGUUCCAGAGCAUGAUGAUGGUGGAGGAGUUCGAGAAAACCGGAGUACCGGAAUACCUUGAAACGUCAUCAAUUUACAAUGAGUACUACUCUGUUGUUCUGAUAGUGAAAGGUCAAGAGAUGACGAUAACCAGAAUCCUCACCAUAUUCACCACCAUGGAUUUGUCAAACAACGAUUUCCGUGGCAGUAUUCCAGACGCAAUUGGCGAGCUCGAAUCGCUCAAGCACCUUAAUCUCUCACACAACAGCCUCAGUGGCCCGAUUCCAUCUUCCCUAGUGAACUUGACCGAACUCGAAGCCUUAGAUCUCUCCUCCAACCAACUUACAGGAGAGAUCCCACCACAACUGGCAAGUUUGACAUCUCUUGAAAAUCUCAACUUGUCGCAAAAUUUACUCCAAGGGCCAAUACCCCAAGGCAAUCAACUCCAGACAUUUGAUAAUACUUCUUACAUUGGAAACGAAGAGUUGUGCGGGCCUCCUCUGUCCAAGAAGUGCAAUGGUGAUGACGGUGAUGGUAACGACCAUCACGACGAUUCUGAACCCGAAUUCGAUGGAGCAUUAUUCGAUUGGGCAUUUGCAGGGGCAGGGUAUGGAUGCGGCCUGGUGAUUGGAACAUCGGCUGCCUACAUUAUGUUCACAAUCAGGAAGCCACGAUGGCUGGUGGAUAUGGUAGAUAAAUGGAUUCGGCGGCAACACCAGGCUAGGCGUUGGAGGCCGGCGAUAACCUUUUAAGUGCAAGGUUGCCUCUUUGCUUUUCGUGUUAUCUGUUUAGUCAUUCUGUGGUUGUUCAACUAACAUUGGCUUCAAAAGCUAAGUUAA